UAUAAAAUAUAUACCUAAUUUUGUUUCGAGCGGAUUUGCGCUAAUUCACACAGCUCUCGUCACGUUUCGAUGGCCAGAUAAGAUCUGUAAUCGAUUUAUUGCCAAGCUCUGCUGGCCAUUGUCAAAAUCAUCAGUUUUAUUUCGGUGGUCGAAGUGGUAGCUCCAAAACAAAAAGUACUUUAAUGGAUAACUCGCGUGUUUUGAGGAUCACAAAUGUUGUGCUUUUACUCACGGCCUAUCAGAUGUAUUGGUUUGAGAAGAAGGCGCAGAGGUUCCGAUUGUCCCUGCCCGGAGUUGUCUAUAUCUUUGUGCUGGGUGUUAUAUACGCGGGAUGCUUCUCCCAACAUUUCGAUGGCUCGUCAUCGCUUCUGAAUGUUCUGAACAAUGUGUCACCAUUUCUAUAUGAAUUAACCAGGAUUCAACUUUAUCUGGGAGCAAAGGCCUUUGCGUAUGCCGUCUUUUCGUCGGUAAAAUCCAUCGGUGCAAUUAACUCCCUGGUGGAAUCUCUACCAUCGAGAGAUCAUGCAUUUAAAAAAGAUGAGGUCAUAGCCUACGUUCUGCUGGGUUCAACUUUUGCCAUUCUAUUCGUUUUUAUGCUAUACAUUGCGUAUGAAAUGAAGUUCGAGUUGCCUCCUUUGCAAGAUGCAAUGAUUGGACUGGCUUUAUUUCUUCCCCAUCUGGUUUUAGCUGGAUCUGUGCGACUUUACAUAGUUUUGGCCUGGUUAAGUCGCGGACAACUAAAGGAACUCAAAAAAAGUGUGGAGGAAGAGUUAAGAGCGAAUCUGGCAACCGAAGAACCGAAUACCGCCUCCACUUCAUUUACAAUCUCUACGAAAAGCUCAAGCUUGGAAAAUUUGGAGAGCCUGAAAAGAAAAUUAGAGGUUCUGGCAGCCAAUUUUCGAUACUUUUUCCAGUCACUGCAGCAUUCUUUGGUAUUCCUGUUUGCCAUGAAUGGAAAUUGCCUACUGGGAGGGAUAUAUUCCUUUACGUAUUACUGGAGUACUUGGAACGUAAUCUUCGAAGAUCGAAAGCGAAGAAUCUUCUAUGCGGCAAAUGCAUCCAUUUAUGCCUGUAUUGCAAGUGAUUACAUCUGCCUGAUGUUCGUUAUGAUUAUGAUGGAAAGAGAGCGGGAAAGUUUCACUAGAUUACUAGAUAUCAUGCUCUCCCAGAGGAAUUCUUUGUCAAAGAAAUUGCGACCCCUGGCCAAAGAUAUAAAGUCCGUUCUCAAAAGAGCUUUUUAUUUAAAAUUUGACUCGUUCAUUCCGUUUAAUAUCAGUUACGUCAGUGUGAUGGUGUUCGUCCAACUGCUGAUAAUUGCGCUGUUCGUCAUUUCCCAUUAUCUGAAUGACGAAAUUGUGUUGCUGAAAGAAGAGUUAAGCAGCAAAUCCGAUGAGUAACUUAGAGAAUAUUUACAUGGUCUCGUUUGCAACCAGUGAUGUACUCUAAACAUUUCCCGAAUCCGUCCUUCUGCCUUUCCCCUUUGGUAACAACUUCAUAUUAAUGACCAUCAUAUGCAAACUUAAUCCAUAAAUUUAUCCGUUUGCCAGAGCCAAACAGGACGAAGCAACAAAUCACGAUUAAGUUGCUAAUAAAAUGGUUCCCCAAUCAAA